GAUUGCCUCAGAAACAAUAGAUUGUCAGUAAGAUUAUUGGUGUUUAAAUAUAUAAAAUCUCGAUGAUCGAAUGCUUAAUAUACCGUACUUAUUUAAGAUGACCAGAACUAGAAAUAUUUACCUUUGGAUAUUUGGCAUUCAGAUCUUGAUAGACACAUCAGAAUCGAACCCUAUAGUUGAAGGAAGUCAGAGUUAUAGAUCGUGUUCCUCUAACCGGUUCCUGACAUUCACAAGCGCCUCGUAUUACUACAACAGCUGUUCCUGGAACGCCAAAAACAAAUUAAAUAGUAACUGUAACUAUCCCACGUCCUGUACUAUCCACGCCUCUAACACCUGGUUAGGACAUGAUCCGUGUGUAGGAAAUGUCAAAUACCUCUCCUGGACAGAAACAUGCACAGAUAUCUGGACAUCGUGGACUUCUUGGAGUUGUCCCAGCUCCUGUACCACACAGACACUGACAAGGUCAAGGUCGUGUAACAGACCCAGUGGAUGUUCCGGCUCCUCCAGCCAGUCUAGCAGCUGUCUGUCUCUUGGAUGCCCCCGACAUGGUGAGUGGGGUGAGUGGGACACAUGGAACUCCUGUACUGUGACGUGUGGCGGCGGUACUAGAGUACGGUCAAGAGAGUGUAACAACCCUUCUCCCUUAAAUGGUGGUAACAACUGCGGAUAUCCCGGCCCAUAUACAAGCACAGAGACCAUCAGUUGUAACACCUUAGACUGUUUCCGCUGUGGAAACAGGGACUACGUUUACUCUUUAUCAACGACGUCGUCAUCAGAUUCUACUCAAAGGCAAAUUAUUCUGCUGGAGGACGCCUCCUUCCGCAUAUCUUGUUGUGGUGUUAUACAGAAGUGGACUUUCCAUGCCCGUAAAUCAGGUGAAAUCAAGUUCCAGGUUUGGAGAAAAUCUGGAACCACUUACACUCUCGUAGGACAAAACAGCUACUCUGUACCAGCUGGUGCAACUGGUGUAACACACACUUAUCAGGUUCCAGAGUUCGACAGAAUAAUCACACAAAGCGGAGACCUCAUUGGAUGGUUCUGCCCCUCUGACCCGGUGGUAUCCUACUCUUCUGGAAGUGCAGUGUACCCAGAUAACAUCAGAAUAGGGACGUUAGCGGCUGGUCUGACGGUGUACGAGGGGGAUACAUACACAUGGUCAUCAGUGGCUUAUACUAAUGAUAUCUCAUAUGCCAUAAAAGUAUCCACAGCGGAUAGUGGUUCUCCAUACUUUGUUAACAUGGGGUUGACGGUCACGGUGUUUGAUACUACAGCGGUAGGGAGCAGGGUGUACACCGUCAGUGUGAGGGACCCCGACAGGCGGGAGGAUCUCAUCGUAACUCCAACCACCUCAACCGCCCACCUCAACUAUCAGAGCGGUUACAUUGUCACCGAGUCGGCGUUGUCAGUUGGUAGGUACUCAGUCUCACUCAGCGUGACUGACAGUUGUCAGAACUCGGCAGCAGCAACGAUAACAGUCCAAGUUAUAAACACGCCUCCCAUCAUUACCAAUUUACCAGACAGUUGUCUUAUACACGAGGACACAGUGAACCGCUUACGAUUGUUUACGUUGAGUACGUCUGACCGCCAGUCGGAUGUUGUCACGUGUGUUCUGUCCUCUACAUCGCCAUCCAACGCACCGUUUGAAGUUCAGCAGAUCCAAGGAACUACAGAUUAUGGAAUAUUUUCCCUGCCGAAUCCAAACCUAAGUUUUGAUACAGUUAAACAAUAUAAAACUGUUGUGUCUUGUUCCGACGUAACUGGUGGAUCAACUUCCGGGGAAUUCUAUGUUGACAUCCAGAAAAAUACGCCACCAGUCACAAAAAAUCUGCCUGCUGAAGUUACUCUAAAUGCCUCUAGUGUACAUGCGGGGGACGUGGUAUUUACUGUUAGAACUCAUGAUGACGAGAACGACACGCUGACCUUUACAAUGAGUCCAAACAGUGCUCCAUUCCAAAUACUCAACUAUGGCGAUAUUCAGGUGACAAGAGACCUGUCGGAGGUUUUCCAGGCGGGGUAUGAUUUGUCCAUCACUGUAACGGAUGUCCGUACAACUAUACCAGCCAGAGUUUUAUCUAUCCAUUUACAAAGCAAGAAUAAUUACAUAAUUGCUUGA